CCGUUACUCGAGCGCGAAGGCAACAAUGAAAUUUCGGUUUUCCCAAGAUGUCCCUAUGUUCCCUCACUAUUCACAACUCGGCCAUGUCGUCAACGACCGUCGAUUCGUCUCCUGGUACGUCAAGCAGUUCCGAACGACGUCGCAAGCCGGCGCCUCUGUCAGUGGCGGCAGUAGCAAUUCUCAAGGUAAUGCUUUUCUGGUACCUGGCGCGACAGUGGCUACGCUACUCAUGCUCGGGGUUCUUCAUGCUCGACGGCUCUACGAUGACAAGAAGGUUGAAGAAGCACGGGAGAAAGGGAUCGAAUUUGAGUUCCAACCGGAUGCAAAAGCUACAUUUAUGAGGAUGUUACCUUUGCGAUCCAUUUCUAGAGUUUGGGGCUUCUUGACAAAUUUGGAAGUUCCAGUUUGGCUGCGUCCACAUGUUUAUAGAGCAUGGGCGCGUGCUUUUCACUCAAACCUAGAAGAAGCAGCUCUGCCUCUCAACGAUUAUGCUUCUUUAAGGGAUUUCUUUGUUCGCACAUUGAGAGAAGGUUGCAGGCCUGUUGACCCUGAUCCAUAUAGUCUGGUUAGUCCUGUGGAUGGUACUAUUCUUAGAUUUGGGGAGUUGAAGGGUGCAGGGGCUAUGAUUGAGCAAGUCAAAGGAUUUUCCUAUUCUGUUUCGUCUCUUCUUGGUGCUAGUCCUUUGCUCCAAAUGAUAGCUGAGAAAAAUACCCAAGACGAGAGCAUUAAUAGCGAGCAGGAAAGCACUCAGAGAGAAAAGAGUAAGAAGUCAUGGUGGCGGAUUUCAUUGGCUUAUCCUAAAGUCCGGGAAACAGUUUCUGAGUGUCCAAUGAAAGGCCUUUAUUACUGUGUAAUUUACUUGAAGCCAGGAGACUAUCAUCGCAUACACUCACCAGUAGAUUGGAAUGUUCUUGUUCGACGGCAUUUUUCAGGCCGCCUGUUUCCUUUGAAUGAACGUGCUACAAGAACAAUCAGGAAUCUUUAUGUAGAGAAUGAAAGGGUUGUCCUUGAAGGUCUAUGGCAACAAGGAUUUAUGGCCAUUGCAGCAAUUGGUGCAACCAAUAUUGGAUCUAUUGAGCUUUUCAUAGAACCAGAACUUCAAACAAACAGGCCAAGAAAAAAGUUGUUACACUCAGAGCCUCCAGAAGAACGUGUAUACGAACCCGAAGGGGUUGGUGUGAUGCUAAAUAAAGGAGAUGAGGUGGCUGCUUUCAACAUGGGAUCUACAGUGGUGCUUGUCUUCCAGGCCCCUCCGUCAAAACCAUCGAAGAACAAUGAUGCUUCAGAGUUUAGGUUUUCUAUUAGACGUGGAGACAGAAUUCGUGUUGGGGAAGCACUGGGAAGAUGGCAUGAUUCAUGAGAGUGUCACAAGUGUAUUAGUUGUUGGAACUAGCGGAUGGACUGCCAUUGCUGGCAUCAGAGCAGCACUGAAAAGGUGGCAUGAUUAGUUCCAAUUAGGUGACAUUGCUGGUGCUGCUGCUUUAUCUGUUAGUUGUGCAGCGCUAAUGUUAUCAUUGAGGAACCAUAGAUUGAACUCACAAACAGAAAUCGUAGGAAAGUUUCACCGUAGGAACUAAAAAUAUUAUUGAGACCCACACAACAGUGCGCUUAUUUCGUUCAGAUAUGCUGAUUGUGGAGCAACCAUGCCAUGCUAUUCUAAUUUCAAUGCUAUAAUCU